UAGUGGGUCAAUCGCAGCGCUGAGCGAUCGCAGCUGCCAAUUCACGCUUGCCUUGGGUCUCUUCCCGCAUAGAUGAUGUCCAAAAAUCCGAGCAGAAGAGGGCAAUCGAUGGUGAUCGUGAGAUGGACAUCGCUACUGUGCUACUGGCUAUGUCUGGACAGAGUACGGGACGUGUCACACGCAGAAUGGCACAGGAUGCGCGACGUAUUCUCGAUGACAUCCAAUUGCCCGAAGACGUAUUGCAUUGCCUUGAAAGCAAGCAGGGCCCUGGAGCAGCUCCUACAGAAAGCACACAAAAGCAGACGGAUCGGCCGUGGGUCAAGAGGAGAAAGAUAGAGAAAACGAGAAGAAUCUCGCUGGUCUCCGAUAGGGUGCUCGACGCAAAUGUAGACGCGAUGCAAGGCCCACCGAGGUCUCUGGAGCCCUCGCGAAUAGAGCAUGUACAUCAAACCGAUGCUGCAUCCAAGGAAGCGCUUUGCUCGUUGACCGGGCAAGCGGCAGGAGGACAAAUUGAGAUGCGUAUCUUCCCAACCAGCUUGUCAAUCCACGACGGCUUCGUCGGGUGGUAUAGGCGCUUUCCGAUAUCUUCGGCUUUAUCUCCAGCGGUAGCUGAGGCGGUGUACGCCGAUGCACGAUCUCCGAGGAGCGAGCUGUAUGAUACUGCCAAGCGCGGUUGCAAGACCUUCGGAUCGCAGCACGCGGAGCCCAGUCCGCUGGACCUGUACUCGCCGCGCUGGGUUCGAGGCGUUGGCACUACAAAAGAAGGUUUAUGUCCAAUAUGCUACGAAGUGGGCGAGGUUCGCUGGUACAAGACCAAGAUCAGCGGUGAGCAUGAAUAUUUUGGCAGCUCAGCUAUUCAGACUGACAGAAAGGAGGACCCAGCCUACAACUACCAUAUGCAGAACAGCCACGGUGGGUCCUCGAGCCGGCUAUUGUGCCACGGGAUUGCUAGAGAUCUAACUUGUCCUGGCGCCACGACACAGGCAUCUCGGCACUGACAGGAGAGCCAUUUGAUCCACCCAUUGGGUUCAAGGUCAAAAGUAGACCACAUGCGUCUGCUUUGGAAAAGCCCAAGGUGUUAACAGGACAGUGUGAGUACUGAAGUACAGCUCAAGUUUUUGCG